AUGUCAACACGCAUUGCUCACAUUGUCCAAAGGGGUACCACCACUUUGGCUAUCACUCGACAACGAUCCUUACAACCCACCCUACGCUUUGCAUCGCUACGACGACAACGACUCCAUGCCAGCUGUCAGAUUAAAAGCAAGCAACAUGAGCCUUCUAUGGUUGGAUACAGAGACAGCGAUCGCUUCCAUGGCAACUAUCCACAACGCACUAUAAAGUGUGGUCACCUUGGUGUGAAGAACGAAGGCGAACGUGUUGUAUUGAGUGGAUGGGUACAAACGCCCAGAGCCAUGUCUCAGGAUCUCAUCUUCAUUCCUAUCCGAGAUGCUACUGGUACUACACAACUUGUUUUUCGAUCGGGUGAUUCACAACUUCGAGCUGAUAUCCAAAAGUUGACUACCGAGAGCGUGAUUUGUGCUGAAGGCAUUGUACGCAAACGCCCUGAAGAGAUGAUCAACAAGCAGCAGAGCACAGGCGCCAUCGAAGUAGAACUUGACAAGAUUUAUUGCUUGAAUCCAGCAUCGACAUCUUUACCCUUUUGGCCAUCACAACCAUUAAAGAACCUGCCAAAUGAAGAAGUGCGUUUACGAUACCGCUAUUUGGAUUUACGUCGACCUGAGCUUCAGAACAAUAUCCGCCUUCGAUCCAAAGUCGCCAAUACAGUACGCCAAUGCUUGAUAGACAAUGACUUUGUCGAGAUUGAAACCCCCACCCUUUUCAAGUCUACCCCUGAAGGUGCUCGAGAAUACAUCGUUCCAACACGCAAGAAAGGCGCAUUUUAUGCAUUACCACAAAGCCCACAACAACACAAGCAAAUGCUGAUGGCUGCUGGUUUUGAUCGCUAUUUUCAAAUUGCUCGGUGUUUUCGAGACGAGGAUCUUCGAGCGGAUCGACAGCCCGAAUUUACACAGAUAGAUUUAGAAAUGUCCUUUGUUACUCCACGGGAUAUCCAAAGCAUUGUACAAGGUUUCAUCACUCGGAUUUGGGAUAAGGCACUUGGCAUCAAAUUGGAUGAUUCUACCUUCCGCCACAUGACCUAUCAUGAAGCCAUGACCAAGUAUGGCUCGGACAAGCCCGAUGUGCGCUUUGAUAUGCAGAUCAAGGAUAUUGGCAGCUACUUGCCCGAUAUGGUUGACAAGAACUCGGUCUUGGAUUGCUUGGUUGUCAAAAAGGGUGCUGCUUCUUUGACAGGUGGAACGCUCAAGGCGAUGCAAAAGGAACUGGAACUUGCUGAUGAAAAGGACUUUGCAUUUGUCAAGAUCAAUGAAAACAAUAUCCACUCAUGGCCAUCCAAAUGUGGAAAGCUAAAGCAUUCGAGCCACGCUCAACAAGCAAGUGCCAUGAAUACCGAGUUGGGGAUUGAUAUUGGUGAUUUGGUUUUGGUUCACAAACGUGAGCAAUACCUCUAUGGUGGCAAUACAUUGAUGGGACGUGUUCGGUUACACUUGGCCGGUGUUUUGCAAGACCUUGGUGUCAUGAAGCUGGAUCCCAACGCAUACAAGUUUUUAUGGAUCGAAUCAUUCCCCCUAUUCACCCCAGACGAACAAGGCAUUCGCACUUGGCAAGCCACCCAUCAUCCUUUUACUGCACCCUUUGAUGAAGAUAUCACGUUAUUGGCUACCGAUCCCGCCAAGGUGCGCGGCCAACAUUAUGAUUUGGUGCUCAAUGGUAUGGAAAUUGGUGGCGGCUCCAUCCGUAUCCAUUCCCCUGUCAUGCAAAACUUUAUCUUUGAUAAAGUACUUCAGUUGGAAAGACAUGAAUACGAACGAUUCGAUCACUUGAUUGAUGCAUUAAGUGCAGGCUGUCCUCCUCAUGGUGGCAUUGCUCUUGGUUUUGAUCGAUUAAUGUCCAUCCUUUGUCACGCAUCCUCUAUCCGUGAUGUGAUCGCUUUCCCCAAGGCUGCUGGUGGUAAAGACCUGGUUGUCAAUAGCCCAUCGGAAGUCACUCCCGCUCAAUUGAAUGAAUAUGGCUUAAAGUUAGCUGAUAAAGAAUAA